UAAAGACAACAGUGAAGAUAUUGCCCAACAAGCCAAACCAGUUCUUCGUUUCUUUUACUUUCUAUUUAAUUCUUCUUUUUCAAGCUCUAAUCCUUAAGGAAGUAAACAUUUCUGCUAAAUUACAGGGUUUUAGUCAAUUAUCAUUAUCUUUGUUUUGGUUUAUUUCAAGAUUGGUGAAGGUGAACUAUAUUUUGUUUUUCUUUAUAACAUGGAAAUAUUAGCCGCUUUUGUAUUUGAUAUCCUUUUCUAGAUUUGUCUGGAAAAAAAGAGUUAAGGAAAGUUUGUAAAGAAAUGAUUUGUAAAAUGGAAGGUGAUGCUUCUUCGUGCAGUCUUCUUUGCUUAGAAAAUGAGACUUUUUUGAAAGAAAAAGAAGAGUCAACUGAUGAGAAUUACAUUGCUGAAUAUGAUGAAGAGUGUGUGCAGAUGUUAUUUGAUAGAGAAAUGAGUUUUGGGUUCAAGAAGAGUGAACCUUUGGUGCUUUGUAACUACCUCAAAUAUGCUCGUUCGGAAGCUAUAACGUGGAUUCUGAAAACAAGAGCAGCAUUUGGGUUUCGCUGCCAAACAGCUUAUUUGUCAAUGAUUUACUUCGACCGAUUCCUUUCGAUAAAGUCUAUUGCUAGUGAAAAGUCAUGGGCAAUACAAUUAUUGUCAAUUGCAUGUCUCUCAUUGGCUGCAAAGAUGGAGGAGAUAAAUGUUCCUCCACUCUCAUUGUUUCAGACUGAAGAAUUCAACUUCGAGAGUAAAACAAUUCAGAGAAUGGAGCUUUUGGUAUUAAAUACAUUGGAAUGGAGACUGAGUUCAGCCACUCCAUUUGCUUUUCUUAAUUUCUUCAUCAAAAAGAUGUGUAAAAUAUCUCCACCGGAUCAUUUUAUUUCGAUUACUGUCCAACUCAUUUUCCUUACAAUGAAAGAGAUAAACUUAAUGGAACGUCGGCCUUCUGUUGUUGCUGUUGCUGCAAUAUUGAGGACAUUGAAUAAGAAACUAACACGAAAAGCAAUGGAGUGUGCGAUGAAUUCCCUUUCUUGUGAAUUUCUUGAAAUUGAAGAUGUGUUUAGGUGCUACAAUUUGAUGCAGAAACUAGACACGUUGGACGAACUUAAUAUACCAAAAUCUGAAAAUGCAACCCAUUCGAGUGCAAUCGAUGCCGUGGACGAUUGUUCAAGUUCCGGUACAGUUUGCGCCAAAAGAAAAAGGCUGGCAUUCAAUAAAAAUGUGAGCAAUAGUGACCAAGUAACUAAUGAGAAGCGGCUCUCUGCUGGAAAAAUGCCUUAGAAGAUUUUAGCAGUGGACUGUUACUGCUAAUUAGAGGAGUGUGUGUUGUUUUUAUUGAUUGGUUCAUUGAGAUGAUUUCAAGUUGAUUGAAUGCUUAGAGACAGGGGAAACAGAGAUGAAAAAGGAAAAUUAAAGAUUUGGACAACAUAUAAAAAGAAAAGCAGAUCCUUCUCUUUUUUCAUACACCGAUGCCACCCAAGUACAAAGAAAAGGUCAGAAAUGUGGUUUUGAAGGCUGCUGGGAAGAACAGUCAUUUGAAGCUUACUGACCUUUUUCCUUUUUCCUAAUAAUUCUUUUAUUUUUUUAUUUCCAUCUUUUUUGGCUUUCUUUUCAGUAUGGGGUUUUUAUAUAAUAAUGUGUCUGGCAACCCUACCUUUUGAUGGGAUGCUUUUGUUUGAAAGGGUGAUAAGAAUGUGGGGUGGUGAGAGGGGAAAGAGGGGAAGAGACCUGUUUAUUUGAUUUGAUGCAUCUAUGUUGCAUGUUGGCCUAUCAGGAAAAAAACUACUACUUACAUAUUUAUAUUCGUAUACUGUAAAGUUAUGUGAUUGAAUUUUUGGUUGGUCUUUUUUUAUUAUUA